UAUACAAUACUCGAAGUCAACCACAGGUCACACCACAACUUUGAAAAAAUACUUGGCCGUUACCUUUACCUCCGUGAAAUGCAACAUUGGACUCUGCUGCUCUAAAGUCGUCGCGUUAGUGUAGGCAUUGGAGAUGUUAGCUGGGACCGCGCCAGCGACGGCUAUGACAGAUUGAGGUGGGGUGCAAUGUGCAAGCUACCAGUGCCAAAGGAAACGUACAUUCCGGGAGAGGGAAACCGAUCUCAUCCGAGUCCUACGAAAAAGGCAAAUCCAUAUCAACAUCCACUUGAAACAGGAAAGACGGAAGAGGCUACCUCCAUGGUGAUACGGACUUGUGAAGCUGAGAUCGAGGAUUCCUGGAUGACGAAAGUAACGGUGGUGGCGUUGUCGAUGGCCGGCUCACACUGGAGCUGGGCUUUGCUAAGAGAAUUCUUGGAAAUAUAACCGAGACUGUCUCCUGUGCUGUUUUUGACCUCGAUAACUCCGCGUUUGGUUAUGGUCUUUACGGCUUGAAUGGCGGGGACAGAGGAAGGCGUCGAGCGGCGGUCGAUAUCUAGGAAGAGGACGGUGAGUCGUAGUACUGACUUGUCAUAAAAAAAGAGAGGAUACGCACAAACUAAAGUGACCG